AUGCGAAGGAGUCAGUUCCUGUUAAUAGAACUCAGGAUUCUGAAAAAGCAGCAUUUAAAAGUUAGCAACACAGUGAAAAUGCUGAAUAUAAUUUUCAGUCCACAGCUUCUUGCUACUUUAGUCUUGACCUUUACUGAAAUCACUUUCGAAUUGUACAAACAUCUAAUACGAUGGAAAGAUGGGCUAUCCUUCAUUCUGGAUGAUGAAAUUGAUGAUGUGUUCUUCCUAAUGUCUAUAGGAUACGAAUUUUUUAAAAUAAUAUUGAUAGUAUGGACUUGUGAAACCAAUAAGAAUCGAGCAUUAGAGAUUAGCACCACUGUUCAUGAUGUACUUAACUGCACCAGCGAUGACCAAAUCAAAGAAGAGAUGACGGGUAGCGUUACGACGUACAUAUUAAUCUUGACACAAUUUAUGAUCAUGGUACAUUCUUGCGAUGGAAAGGCUGCAAGCAAUAUCCGAAUGACUUAUUAA